AUGCCAAGUGAUCAGCAAGUGUUACAGUUCCAGAUGAAGACUGAAAUUAAUAGUUCAAAGGAUAAAUGCAUUCAAAGGCGGUCAGCCAAUUACAAGCCAAAUAUAUGGAAAUAUGAUUACAUAGAGUCUCUUACAAGUGAAUACACAGUAGACACAUAUAACAUCAUUGGAAAACUAAGUCUGGCCAUCCUUUUUGAGCAGGAAAUCGAGGAAGCUCUAGACAUGAUAAUGUGUCUUAAGGACAGAAAUCUCACCAUAAAAGAGGAUCUCUAUGCUACUGCACUAUGCUUUAGGUUGCUUAGGCAAUAUGGCUACAAUGUUUCACAAGACAUAUUUAUCGGAUUCGUGGAUGAGAUGGGUAAUUUUAGGCAAAGCACAAACACAAAUGUCAAAGCAAUGCUUGAGCUGUUUGAAGCAUCACACCUUGCCUUAGAAGGUGAAAACACAAUGGACAAGGCCAAAAUGUUUUCUACUGAAAAUCUCAAGACUGUCAUUUCAAACUCAAAUGAUUCACUAGCCAAACAAUUGAGCACUGCGUUGGAGCUUCCGUUGCAUUGGAGAUUGGAGUGGUAUAAUGUCACGAAACACAUCCAUGGAUAA